CUGUCAGGCCCAGUGAUUGUUUGCCAUUUAGCUAACCGGUUAGGUGGGAUUUCACCUGUAGGGGUUAUAAUCAGAAGGUGAAAGAACCAAGACGGGUUAUGUCAGAGGUUUCUCCAGGACUAGCUUAUUCACCUUAUUUUCGACGACAACAAGGGCGACGCCAUCGCUUUGUCAUCCGACUUCCGUUGAUCCAACUUCGGCUGAGAGGGACCUCAGUUAGCUAGAUCACCGAAAGCUACGAUGUCAAGUAUUAACCUGUAUGCUCAGUUAGGAGGUGCCAUAAUAAUUAGAUUUUAAAAAAAAAAGAAGAGAGAGUAAUUACAACAGAGUUACGAUCAUGAAGAGGGCGGGGUGUUGUGGGGCAUUUUACAGCUUGCACCCACCUCCUAAAGAUGUGGGGCACUUGAGGCUAACGUUAUGGCUAAGGCGCUAAAAAGUAGUGCAGACCCAAGCGGCCAUAUCUCGUCCUACCAUUUCGUGGACAGGAAGCCGACAGAUGUACACCCUACCCCGAGAGAUGGCUCGGAUACGAGGCUCCGUCUGGUGAUGAAGAGGUUGUCAGAUUCAGAUACAUUAAUGAGCGUAAGCGAUGCAGUGGAGAACUGUGAGGAUGACCACAUGCCUACACACUGUAAUGCAGAAACACAAUGGGAGGGAUCCAUCUGUCUCUGACCACAGCUAUGCUUCAGCCAGAUAUUACCUGUUUGUGUUUGAUGAUGCUGACGAGCUGAAAAGUAAAGUUAGGCAGCUCGCUGUGGCAGUCAAACAAGCAAAACACAUGGUGGUUUACACCGGAGCCGGUAUCAGUACGGCAGCUUCUAUCCCAGACUACAGGGGCCCUAAUGGGGUGUGGACACAGCUACAGAAGGGACUGACAGUCAGUUCUUCUGACCUGAGUAAAGCUGAGCCAACUCUCACGCACAUGUGCAUUAGGAUGUUACAUAAGGAAAAGCUGGUAAAGCAUGUUGUUUCUCAAAACUGUGAUGGACUUCACUUGCGUAGCGGUCUUCCCAGACAUGCCCUGUCUGAGCUUCAUGGAAACAUGUUUAUUGAGGUGUGUACCUCCUGUUCCCCGGUCAGGGAGUACGUGCGUUUAUUUGACGUGACGGAGCGGACGUCACUGCACCGACACGGGACGGGCCGCAGGUGCAGGCAGUGUGGCAGCGAACUCAGGGACACCAUCGUGCACUUCGGGGAACGUGGGACCCUGGAGCAACCUCUCAACUGGAAGGGAGCUGCAGAGGCUGCCAAGAUAGCGGACGUUAUCCUCUGCUUAGGCUCCAGUCUGAAGGUACUGAAGAAAUACGCUUGUCUGUGGUGCAUGAACAGACCAGCAGGCAAAAGGCCCAAACUCUACAUUGUCAACCUCCAGUGGACACCAAAAGAUGAUCUGGCUGCGCUGAAGAUCCAUGGCAAGUGUGACGAUGUCAUGAGCCUCCUAAUGGAGGAGCUGAGCAUUCAGAUUCCUGUGUAUAACAGGGCAGAGGACCCCAUCUUCAGUCUAGCCACACAGUUGCAGCCAGAAGAGGUCGACAGCUGUACUCGUGAGGUCAUAGCUCCCCCUAAUGGCCAGGUGGACUGCUUACCGGACUCUGGGGAGCAGGCAGAAGAAGCUGCAGCUGUGCAGGGCGGUUGGUUUGGACGAGGCUAUGGCAAAGGAAGAAAGAAGAAAAAAGCUGCAUAAUACUUAUUAUGACACAUAGACACAUAGAGUGUGGUCAAGUGAUAAAUCCCAAUGAGGGAUUCAAAUUUCAGUUCCAUGAUGAGGAUGAGUUGGACUUUCAGGUUUAGGGUGCUGUUAUGCAUUGGUAACAUUUAGUCAGAUGCAGUGUGUGCGUGCGUGUAAAGGGAAAAAUAAGUUUGCCAUUUGAAAUUAGCACUUUGCACGAUGAACAUAUUAUUUUAUACAACAUAAAGUUUUUAGUAACAUCUAAAGUAAGAUCUAAAAGUGGCUUUGGGUAUGCUACAUUUAUGGCAGCUAAGCUAGCUGUGUUGGUAGAGGUCAAAAUUAGCCCAGUACGGCUAGCAGAGCCAGCACAGCCUGUAAGACAAAGUUUGAAUGACAAAACCAGAAAAUGAUCUGGGUUAUUUUUACUAUAUCACACUCGCACCCUGUAGUGUAAGUGGCAGUAAAAAAGUUUCCACGUUGACACACAGCAUAUACUGGCAGCUUUAAUCAGUCACAAUGGAUACCAGUAGUGACAAGUUUUGAUUAAAAAUUCAUUGCAAAGUCCAAAGAAAGUUUUAAAACCACUCCUGCAGCAUUAUCAAUCUCUCUGCUGUUCCUCUGUAUGCUCAGUAUAUCACAAACAUACAUUUUCAACAGCAUAAAGUCUUCACAGCCUACGGGUGGUGAAUGAUCCUCAGAAGAUAAGAUUUUUGGUGGAGUAACACUUUAAACUUUAAAUGUGUAUGUUGAGCAUUAGCUAGAUGUAAACUGCCAUUGAGCUACUGGUGCUUGAAGUGUAAGUUACUGUAUGCUCACUGUCAAGUGGUAUCUUUCAGUGGAACACAAAUGACAUGGUGUUUCUAAGUGGCCAAGCCAGUGGAACAACAGCAGCACACUAAUGGCCAAUUUUCAAUUUCUGUGCUGCCACAGCUUUUACUGAGAAGAGAUUUAAAAAGGAGGUCAAACAUUUUCUACAUGUGUUGCUUAGAGUAAAAGUUAUUUUUGUAGUCUUUUUCAGAGAAACUUGCAUUGUUGAAUGUACCUUUUUUAACAAAGCUUAUUUGUGUUGAUGUUUAUUUUAAAGGUAUUUUGGGUUAUGAAAAUUAUUUCUAGAACUCGCAGUCGACUUAAACUCUGCUGUCACCUAUCCUCAGGUUUGCAGGCUAUGUAGUACAGCUACUGGACUGUACCGUCGUUUACUGAAGUUAUUGAAUUUACCUAUGUUUACAUUUUUAUCUAAUUUUUUCUGGAGACAAGGCAGAGACACUGUCUGACUUUGUCUACUGCAGUGUAAGAAGGAAAGCUGAUUUUUGAAUUUUUACUCACAUUUUGGUUAGUUAUUAGUUUGUGUCAUGUUAAUUUACUGUUUACUCAAGUGAUUGGAAACAUCCAAAUAUGUGUCUCUAUUAAUUUGUCUCAGGAAGAUCUAGUAUUAUUAGCAAUCUCAUCUUGUCCCAUAUAGUGUCUAGUUCUAAAAGGCCAGACUAGCCAUGAUAAGCUAGAGUUCAGCAUUCCUAAAACUCAUCCCAGUGGUGAAACUGGAUGUGAAGACUCCUUGGUUUUCAUUGUAUUUUGCAAAAAAGAUGCUAUAUUUGUGAGACAUUAAAGUGUUGUGUAUCUUGAUAAUCUC